AUGGCACCUAACCUGGCUCAUGAGGAAGCCAUUGAUCUAGUAUUUCGGGAAAUGAAUCUACCACACCUUUCGACAGUCCAACAACAGCAACUUCUGCUUCCUUUUUCCGAGGCAGAGAUUCAAGCGGCAAUGUUUGGGAUUGGAAAUGCCAAAUCACCUGGGUUAGAUGGUUCUACAGCUGAAUUUUUUAAAACUCAUUGGGACCUACUAGGGUUACCUGUGGUCCAAGCUGUUAAUCGCUUCCUUACCACGGGGUUUAUUCUUCACGAAUGGAACCAAACGCUUAUUGUCUUAUUACCAAAAACUUCGAAUCCUGAAGAGGUCGCUCAAUUUCGGCCGAUUAGCCUAUGCAACACGAUCUAUAAAUGUGUGUCCAAAUGUUUAGUGAAUCGGCUAAGACCGCUGCUCCCUGAUCUAAUCAGUGAAUAUCAAAGUGCCUUCAUACCGGGUCGUCAUAUGGAAGACAAUGUCUUGAUCAGUCACGAAAUGACUCAUGUUCUAAAUAAACAUAGGCGUGGCAAUGUGCAUCUUGCUGCCCUCAAAAUUGAUAUGAAUAAAGCUUAUGAUCGUGUUAACUGGAUAUUUCUUUUAAAGGUUUUACAGGCAUACGGGUUUCCUGCUCAUUGGAUAACAUUGAUUCAUCAAUGUAUUUCCACCGUCACCUAUCACAUUCUUAUCAAUGGCCAAGUGUCUGAGGCGUUCACUCCCACAUGUGGGCUCCGGCAGGGUGAUCCCAUUUCUCCUUAUUUGUUUCUGUUCUGUAUGGAUAUCCUGUCCCGCAUGUUAUCACUUGCUACGGAUAUUCGGCACUUUGACGGGUUUAAAGCACACAGGUAUGCACCUUCUAUAUCUCAUCUUUUUUUCGCUGACGAUGCUGUUCUGUUCUUCAAAGCCUCAGUUAAUUCUUGUACUGAGAUCUCCAAGCUCUUGGCACGGUUUUGCAAUAUAUCGGGGCAAAUGAUUAGUCUGCGUAAAUCCUAUGUAAAAUUUAGCCCAAACAUACCCGAUACCAUGGUCGAUACCUAUAAAGGCAUUCUCCAAUUGGAUGCUCAACUUUCUUUGGGCACAUAUCUUGGGACACCAGUAGACAUUCAAGGGAAAAAGUCUCUCCAUUUCCAUUAUCUACUGGAUAAAAUAUCUCAACGAAUUACCGCCUGGAGUCACUCUCCCAUAUCUCAAGCUGGGAAGAUAAUACUUAUCAAUUCUGUCCUUAUUGCUUCAAUUGCUCACAUUUUAUCAGUCUUUUUGCUGCCUACAACAAUUGCUCACAAGGUAGAUGCCAUGAUAGCCAGGUUUUUCUGGACUAAUCAUUCAGGUAAAGGAAUAACAUGGAGACGGCAGGAGAUAUUGCAUAUGCCCAAAGGAGCGGGGGGUCUCGGAUUGCGUAGUAUCACGGUUCAUAAUCGAGCGUUAUUGAUUAAAAAGGUCUGGCGUAUUCAUCAAAACUCUGACCUCCUCAUCAGCAAGGUCUUUACUUCUCACUCCCUGGUUUCUUCGCCAAAAUUGUCUACUCUACGUCCUUUACGAGGUCAAAGUUCUUGGGGUGCACGGAGUCUAGGUCAAGCUGAAAAGGUUCUUCUUGCUAAUUAUGCGUGGAAAAUUGGGAGAAAUUCAUGCCUUCAGGCUGGUCAACACCGAUGGAUUAAUGGUAAGGUGCCGAUAUUCCGCGAUCAGAUCACACUUCGUACUGCGGCUACUGUAACUAUUGGUUCUCUAAUAUUACCUCAUCAACAAGGAUGGAAUGUUCCCCGAUUAUGUUCUCUCUUCACUCCUACAACGGUUAGUGCUAUUCGAGGAUUAGAGUUGCCCCGGCUUCAUAAUCCAUCCGACAUGCCUUUCUGGCCUCUUACAACAUCUGGUACAUAUACAACUAAAUCUGGUUACUAUCUUUUAUCUCGACAAACUGAUAUCUGUAGCAUGACACCCCCUCUGGUUUCGAAAGUAUUUCGCAUACUAUGGGGUUUGCGCAUCAUGCCUAAAUGGAAAAUUUUCUUAUGGAAGCUGUGGCACAACAGUUUAGCAACGGUUGCUAAUCUUUCGUAUCGAGGCAUGUCUGUUUCGGAUGACUGUCCAAGUUGUAAUUUGGAACCUGAGACUUGCCAACAUCUCUUCAGAUUGUGUCCAUUGGCUAUUUCGGCUUGGAGAACAAGUCAAUUGAGUAUCAUUUCCAAUUCAGUUACUUAUGUCUCCUUCAAAGACUGGCUUAUUGCAUGGAUACUAUACCUUUACUGUAUGGAUGGCUACUCUGGCGACCGUUUACCUAUUUUUGUUGCCACGCUAUGGGCCAUCUGGCAAAGCCAGAAUAAUUUGGUUUUCAAUGGUAUAAUCCCUGAUGGUAAAAUCUUACACUCCAUUAUGCAACAAGGAAUGCAACAACAUGUAACCUUUCUUACCAAACCUUUGGCCUGUCAUAGGGCUCUGGCAGAAGGUCCGGGUCCUCCAGGGUUCCUAAUGGCGCAUUUUGGAUCUUCUUUUUCUGGGGUUCCCCAACUACAUAUUCAAGUAGAUGGUUCUUGGGCCAAGCAAUCACCGUUAGCGGGUAUUGCUUGGGUGGCUCAGAUUGGUACUAAUCAUACUCACCAAGGGAAGGGCAUUUGCAUACUUGCUGACUCUGCAUUACUCGCUGAAGCUAUGGCCUGUCUCGAGGCCUUGGUUUGGGCAAAUGGCCAGGGAUAUCAACGAGUUGCAGUUCAUACUGAUUCUGAGAUUGUUGUCCAAAGCUUACGUAAUCCACGAAUACAACCGACAACGAUUGCCUGGACACUCAACGAUGUUCGUUCAAUUGGCGAGCAAUUUCACUGGUGUCGAAUAACAAAGGUCAAUCGUUCGCAGGUUCAGAUAGCACAUGAUUUGGCUACUCGGGCCAGAAAGGGACAACUACCAAUUGUCCACCUGUAA